AACUAAACAAGGCUCUGGCCAUUUUCUUGUGAAGGGAAAAAGGGAGAGAAAACAGUAGUGGCCUCCUGGCUCCUGCCCUGCGCAUGUCAUAUGCGCCCGUCACCGAACACGCCGCUGCCGCUGCUGCCGCCGCCGCCGCCGCAGGCCAACAUUACGCACCCAUACGCACUCCACGACGCGGCACGAGGUGCUCCUCCAAGCGCUCGUGAGGUGUGCUUUGCUCCACGGAUCCGGAGGCCGACGCGACGUCUCGUCCGUGUCACUCCGCGCCCGGGCCACCCCGCGCGGCGGCGCGCCCUGUCAUCAUGUCGCGCCGCGUGGGCGCCGCCCCCGCACGGUGCUUGGAGCUGGAGCGCAUCAUCGCAGAGCGUGCCCGCUCGAGAAGCCUCGGCCUCGACGACGCGCUGAAGCUGUUCGACGAAUUGCUUCACCACGCCAGGCCCGCCUCGGUUCGUGCUUUCAACCACCUGCUUACCGCUGUCUCUCGCGCCCGAUGCUCUUCAGCCUCCGAGCUCGCUGUCUCCCACUUCAACCGGAUGGUCCGUGAAUGCUCUGACAAGGUGGCUCCUAACCUUUGCACCUACAGCAUUCUCAUCGGCCGCUUCUGCCGCAUGGGCCACCUGGAGCAUGGCUUUGCCGCCUUUGGCCUCAUCCUUAAGACGGGCUGGAGGAUGGAUCACAUAGCCAUCAAUCAACUGCUCAAAGGUCUCUGUCACGGAAAGAGGGUGGGUGAGGCCAUGGACGUUUUGCUCCAACGAAUGCCUGAGCUUGGCUGCAUGCCGGAUACAGUUUCAUACACCAUACUUCUCAAGGGUUUGUGCAACGAAAAGAGAGCUGAGGAGGCACUUGAGCUGCUCCACAUGAUGGCUGAUGACCAUGGUAGAAGGUGCCCACCAAAUGUUGUGUCCUACAGCAUCGUCAUCAACGGUUUCUUUACCGAGGGUCAAGUGGACAAACCUUACAACCUAUUUCUUGAAAUGAUAGAUCGAGGGAUUCCACCUGAUGUUGUGACAUACACCACAGUAAUUGAUGGCCUGUGCAAAGCUCAGUUGUUUGAUAGGGCUGAGGGUGUCUUUCAGCAGAUGAUUGAUAAUGGCUUUAAGCCAAACAAUUACACAUAUAAUUGUCUGAUCCAUGGAUACCUCUCUAUAGGGAAGUGGAAAGAGGUGGUACAAAUGCUUGAAGAAAUGUCUGCACGUGGUCUCAAGCCAGAUUGCUAUACUUAUGGUUCACUGCUGAACUACCUAUGCAAGAAUGGAAGAUGCAGAGAAGCUAGAUUUUUUUUUGAUUCUAUGAUUAGGAAGGGCAUAAAACCUAAGGUAAGCACCUAUGGCAUUUUGAUUCAUGGAUAUGCUACCAAAGGUGCUCUUUCUGAAAUGCAUAGUUUCCUAGAUUUGAUGGUAGAAAAUGGUCUUUCACCUGAUCAUCACAUCUUCAACAUAUUCUUCAGUGCAUAUGCUAAAUGUGGUAUGAUAGAUAAGGCAAUGGAUAUCUUUAACAAAAUGAGGCAGCACGGGUUGAGUCCUAAUGUAGUAAACUACGGAGCACUAAUAGAUGCACUAUGCAAGUUAGGCAGGGUGGAUGACGCUGAGGUCAAAUUCAACCAGAUGAUCAAUGAAGGAGUGACUCCUAACAUUGUUGUUUUUAACUCCCUAGUUUAUGGACUGUGCACCGUUGACAAAUGGGAGAGGGCUGAGGAAUUAGUUUAUGAAAUGUUGGAUCAAGGAAUCUGUCCUAAUGCAGUGUUCUUCAACACAUUAAUCUGUAACUUAUGCAAUGUAGGACGGGUUAUGGAAGGCCGGAGGCUCAUUGACUUGAUGGAACAUGUAGGCGUAAGGCCUGAUGCUUUCUCAUAUACACCGUUGAUUUCUGGUUACUGCUUAACUGGAAGGACGGAUGAAGCGGAGAAGGUAUUUGAUGGUAUGGUCUCAAUUGGCCUGUCACCUACUGAAGUUACGUAUAAUACUUUGCUUCAUGGCUACUGUAGUGCUAGUAGGAUAGACGAUGCAUAUUGUCUUUUUCGAGAAAUGUUGAGGAAGGGAGUUACGCCUGGAGUUGUGACUUAUAAUACUAUACUGCAUGGUCUGUUUCAAACCAAGAGAUUUUCUGAAGCAAAGGAACUCUAUCUCAAUAUGAUCAAUAGUGGAACAAAGUGUGACAUUUACACAUACAACAUAAUUCUAAAUGGUCUUUGCAAAAGUAAUUGUGUUGAUGAAGCAUUCAAAAUGUUUCAGAGCCUGUGUUCUAAGGGUCUUCAACUUAACAUUAUUACUUUCACCAUCAUGAUUGGUGCGUUGCUCAAAGGUGGCAGAAAGGAAGAUGCCAUGGACUUGUUCGCUGCUAUCCCUGCUAAUGGUUUGGUUCCAAAUGUUGUGACCUACCGCUUAGUUGCAGAAAAUCUCAUAGAAGAAGGAUCGCUAGAAGAGUUUGACAGUCUGUUUUCAGCAAUGGAAAAGAAUGGUACUGCUCCAAACUCACAAAUGUUAAAUGCUCUAGUUAGGAGGCUGUUGCAUAGAGGUGACAUAAGCAGGGCUGGGGCUUACCUCUCCAAACUUGAUGAGAGGAAUUUCUCAGUUGAGGCUUCCACUACUUCAUUGCUUAUGUCAAUUUUCACCAGUGAUGAAUAUCAGCACCAUGCCAAGUCUCUGCCUGAAAAGUACCAUUUCCUAAAUGAAGCCAAUAGUUCAGCGUUGAUAAAAAAGUGCCCGGCAUGCAUGUUCCUUCUGUUAUCAUUCCUUUGUGACGUGGAGUUCCACCUGUGCUUUCGAGACCACAGCCUGAAGCAGCGUGUGUAUGUGACCACACCUCCGCCACAGCAAAGUGAUCGUUUUUCCAAUGGCAGGGGCAGAGGCAGCGAUGGUGGUGCAUCCAGCACCGGUGGAAAGAGGUGGCUGUCGUACUCAUGGCAGUGGUGGUGCGGCAAUGGCAGUGGUGGAUCCAGCACCAGUGGAAAGCAGCAGAGGGGCAACAACGAUUAUUUUUUUCAGGCUCUGCAGUAUAGAGAACAUCAGUAUGCGAUGAUGGAGAAAAGAGGAAAAAAAAAUCAACAAAGAGGCGGGUCAAUUGGGCCUGAUAGCGCCCAGCAGCAGCACGCCAGUCGCCAGCAUCUGCACCCGUCGCUCCACCUCCACCUGCCCAACCACGCCGCCGCCGCCGCCCACCAGCUCCUACCCUCACACAACCCAGGCCACGGCACACGCAGCUCCGCCCAGCUCACGAGAGUGCUCUCCGGAGGCGGACGCAGCUGCGAACGGUCUCUGCAUCUCCAGCGACACACACUCUCCGCACAGGCCCCUGGCACUCCAGUACUUCACGACCGGCGCCACCCGCGCGCCGACGACCAACACACGCCGCCGCCGCCGCCGCCUCCCUGCAACCUCCUACCCUCGCAGGGCCAGCCCCUCCACGGCACAGCAACGCGCGCACGCCCCGCCGGCAUGUCGCGCCGCGUGAGCGCCGUCCACGACCGGUGCUUGGAGCUGGAGCGCGUCAUCGCCGACCGCGCCCGCUCGAGAAGCCUCGGCCUCGGUGACGCACUCAAGCUGUUUGACGAAUUGCUUCCGCGCGCCAGGCCCGCCUCGGUCGCCGCCUUCAACCACCUCCUCGCCGCUGUGUCUCGUUCCUCAGGCCGGCGCUCUACCACCUCAGAGUCAGAGACCGUCGUCUCCCUCUUCAACCGGAUGGUACGUGACUGUUACAUCAAGGUGGCUCCCAACCUUUGUACCUACAGCAUUCUCAUCGGCUGCUUCUGCCGCAUGGGCCAUCUGGAGCAUGGUUUUGCAGCCUUUGGCCUCAUCCUUAAGUCGGGCUGGAGGGUGAAUAACAUAGUCAUCAAUCAACUGCUCAAUGGUCUCUGUGACGGAAAGAGGGUGGGUGAGGCCAUGGACGUUUUGCUCCAACGAAUGCCUGAGCUUGGCUGCAUGCCGGAUACAGUUUCAUACAACAUACUUCUCAAGGGUUUGUGCAAUGAAAAGAGAGCUGAGGAGGCACUUGAGCUGCUCCACAUGAUGGCUGAUGAUCAAGUUUGGAGCUGCCCACCAAAUGUUGUGUCCUACAGCACCGUCAUCAACGGUUUCUUUACCGAGGGUCAAGUGGACAAACCUUACAACCUAUUUCUUGAAAUGAUGGAUCGAGGGAUUCCACCUGAUGUUGUGACAUACACCACAGUAAUUGAUGGCCUGUGCAAAGCUCAAUUGUUUGAUAGGGCUGAGGCUGUCUUUCAGCAGAUGAUUGAUAAUGGCGUUAAGCCAAACAAUGACACAUAUAAUUGUCUGAUCCAUGGAUACCUCUCUAUUGGGAAGUGGAAAGAGGUGGUACGAAUGCUCGAAGAAAUGUCUGCAGGCGGUCUUAAACCAAAUUGUUGUACUUAUGGUUCGCUGCUGAACUACCUAUGCAAGAAUGGAAGAUGCAGAGAAGCUAGAUUUUUUUUUGAUUCUAUGAUUGGGAAGGGGAUAAAACCUUCCGUAACUACCUAUGGCAUUAUGCUUCAUGGAUAUGGUAACAAAGGUGCUCUUUCUGAAAUGCAUGAUCUCCUAAAUUUGAUGGUAGCAAAUGGUAUUUCACCUAACCAUCACAUCUUCAACAUAUUCUUCAGUGCAUAUGCUAAAUGUGGUAUGAUAGACAAGGCAAUGGAUAUCUUCAACAAAAUGAGGCAGCACGGGUUGAGUCCUGAUGCAGUAAGCUACGGAGCACUAAUAGAUGCACUAUGCAAGUUAGGCAGGGUGGAUGACGCGGAGGUCAAAUUCAACCAGAUGAUCAAUGAAGGAGUAACUCCUAACAUUGUGGUUUUUAGCUCUCUUGUUUAUGGACUGUGCAGCAUUGACAAAUGGGAGAAGGUUGAGGAAUUAUUCUUUGAAAUGUUGAAUGUAGGAAUUCACCCUAACAUCGUAUUCUUCAACACAAUAUUGUGUAACUUAUGCAAAGAAGGACGGGUUAUGGAAGGCCAGAGACUCGUUGACUCGAUUGAAUGCAUGGGUGUGAGGCCUGAUGUUAUUUCAUAUAAUACAUUAAUAGAUGGCCACUGUUUAGCCGGUACAAUUGAUGAAGCAUCGAAGUUACUUGAGGGUAUGGUAUCAGUUGGCUUGAAACCUAACAGUUUUUCUUAUAAUACAUUGCUUCAUGGCUACUGUAAAGCUGGAAGGAUAGACAGUGCAUAUAGCCUUUUUCGAAAAAUGUUGAGUAACGGUAUUACACCUGGAGUUGUGACUUAUAAUACUAUACUGCAUGGUCUGUUUCAAACCAAGAGAUUUUCUGAAGCAAAGGAACUCUAUCUCAAUAUGAUCAAUAGUGGAACAAAGUGGGGCAUUUACACAUACAACACUAUUCUAAAUGGUCUUUGCAAAAGUAAUUGUGUUGAUGAAGCAUUCAAAAUGUUUCAGAGCCUGUGUUCUAAGGGUCUUCAACUUAACAUUAUUACUUUCACCAUCAUGAUUGGUGCGUUGCUCAAAGGUGGCAGAAAGGAAGAUGCCAUGGACUUGUUCGCUGCUAUCCCUGCUAAUGGUUUGGUUCCAGAUGUUGUGACCUACCGCGUAGUUGCAGAAAAUCUUAUAGAAGAAGGAUCGCUAGAAGAGUUUGACAGUCUGUUUUCAGCAAUGGAAAAGAAUGGUACUGCUCCAAACUCACAAAUGUUAAAUGCUCUAGUUAGGAGGCUGUUGCAUAGAGGUGACAUAAGCAGGGCUGGGGCUUACCUCUCCAAACUUGAUGAGAGGAAUUUCUCAGUUGAGGCUUCCACUACUUCAAUGCUUAUAUCAAUUUUCUCCAGUGAUGAAUAUCAGCACCAUGCCAAGUCUCUGCCUAAAAAGUAUCGUAUCCUAAAUGAAGCCAAUAGUUCAGCAUUGAUAAAAAAGUGAAUAUUGUUUUCAACUAUGUUGAUACAUCUUCAUGUGGCAUCUUAUUUACCAACCCUGCUCUGCUGCCUCCUUUGUUUGAAGAAACACUCUUGAGAAAUGUUGUCCUGUUAAUGCACUUUGGUAUCAAGCUCACCAGCUCAAAUUAUCUUGUGCCAUCCCAGUUUUAUAAGUAUGUUCAGAGGGGGGGAGCAAUUUACAAAUUAACGGGUGUAGCAACAUUCGCUCCUUAUUGUUAUAUAUUUGUGUAACAGUUCCUGAUGUCCUGGGGAUAAAAUCAAUGAUCUCGACCUUUUUUUCAUGAUAAAAUUCAUAUAUUUUUAAACCCUGUAUUAUGCCCUCACUGUUAGCAGUGGUUACCGUUUGUAAUUCCAUGGAUUAAGAGAAUAAGAACAAGCUCUAACAAUCACGCUUUGGUUGUUUCAUAUAAUAUCUUCUACAUUAAUUUUGAUGUUUUUGAAGGCUUUUGUUUGUCUAUUCACCAUUUCUGGACGGGCUGCAAGGUUAUAAAAAUGAAUAUUGCUCCUACAGGGCACUUUCAUGUAACAUGAUUUGCCAGCUCAACGCCUACUGUACAGGCCCGGCAUGCAUGUUCCUUCUGUUAUCAUUCCUUUGUGACGUGGAGUUCCACCUGUGCUUUCGAGACCACAGCCUGAAGCAGCCUGUGCAUGUGACCACACCUCCGCCACAGCGAAGUGAUCGUUGUUCCAAUGGCAGGGGCAGAGGCAGCAAUGGUGGUGCAUCCAGCACCGGUGGAAAGUGACAGAGGAGAGAUGGCCGUGGUAGUAACACUAAUAGCAAUAACAGUCACAGGAGCCUUCGAUGGAAUAUCAGCACCAUGCAACAAUAGUCACAGGGCCCAACUUAAACUGACGACCUAGACAUGAAGCCCAAGCCGAAGAAGCCUACACCAAAAAUGCCUGCCAUCUCAUUCUCAUCACAACAAGGCGGAAAUCCUGUCUCCGAUCCAUGCCGUUAGUUCCGCAUCUCAUCACGCCGCCUAUGCUCUCGGAGCUUCUGCCCUGCCAUGCGGGAGCAAUUCGUUGAACAGCUGGAGGUGCGCCACGCCGCUCCCGCGGCCGUGCCGCGCGAGGCCAGGCAACCUGAGCCUCGACCACACAGUCCAGCAGUUCGACAAAUUCCUCCUCCACGUCAGGCCCUGCCACGGUUACCACCGCCUUGAACCACCUCCACACACCUGUGUUCGCCGCUUCUUGACGGGUUGCAAGGUAGAUAGAAAUGAAUAUUGCUUCUACAGGGCAGUUUUUGUGCAUAUCUAUAUGAUUUGCAGGCUCAUCGCCAAGUACAGGCUGAGCAUGCCUAUUCCUUAUGUUAUCAUUCUUUGUCUAAAGACAAACCAACUGAGCUGGAAUUAUUUUACUGGUGCUGGUGCUAGUAGCAGUGGUGGUGGUUCCACUGGGCGGAAGGUGACAGAAAGGAGAUGACCGUGUAGUAACAGUAACAACAGCUGCAGGGGGCAGCACCAUCCAUUGAUGUUUGCAAUGCCUCUCUUAGUAGUAAUUUAUAGUUAGAACCUAAUGCUUUGAGAGUUUGGUGAGUGCUUCUAUUGCAGUACCAUGCUGGGUACCAGCUAAUGCUUGAAACUUUACAUUCUAGUAUUUGUUUUCCAGUGUGUCUAGAUCUGUAACAAGCCUGAUGUAAUAAGAAUCAUAAUACUGCGAGUGGCAGAUGUGAUGUGUUAGUGGCUAAAGCUAUCUAUCUGUCAAGCUUUAGGGAUAAGCUUGAUGUGUUAGUGGCUAAAGCUACAUUGUCUCUGCUUGUGCACUUGUGGCAUUUUCAGUCUGAAUAAACGAAUGGUGGUGGCUAAAAUGA